CUAGACCCGCUUGACCUACUGAGCCACCCGGGUUGAGCUACUGGAGCCAACCGGAGGGGAAGCGGUGGUCGACCAAUCAGAGACAGAGAAAGGUUUGGUUCAGAAAAUAACCUGCACAGAAAGAGGAAGUCCUCGCCUAUAUAGAGAGCUGUAUUUCAUUCUCAGACAGUCAGCAGCAAAACAACAUGGGGGUCACCGCUCUGUGCUUCAGACUGUUGAUGCUUGAAUUCACUCUGCUGAACAGUUAUACUCUGAAAAGUGAUGCAGCUUUUCUUCGUGUCACUCCAAACAGACUGCAACACUUCGAACACAACUCUGUUACUUUUGACUGUAAGGGAUCUGAUGGCUCGACUCAUUUGAGAGUGAUCAGGAAUACUCAGGAAUCUGAUGUAAAAUGUGAUACUAAGACGCCAACAGGGUCCUGCACCAUUAAGAGAGUUUAUCGAUCAGAUGGCGGAGAGUUCUGGUGUGAGACUGAAGGAGGAGAGAGGAGCAACAGUGUCAACAUCUCCGUCACCGCUGGAGAUGUGAUCAUGGAGAUUCCUGCUCUUCCUGUGACGGAGGGAGACGAUGUGACUCUGAGCUGCAGAAGUAAGACGACUUCGUCCUCCAACCUCCCGGCCGGUUUCUACAGAGGUGGCAAACUCGUGCAGAGCAGUUCAGCCAGGGAGAUGACCAUCCACAAUGUUUCCAAGUCUGACGAAGGCGUCUACAACUGCCGCAUCUCUGGAGUUGGAGAUUCACCAGGAAGCUGGCUGGCUGUCAGAGAGCUCCUCUCCGAAAACGACGACUCCGACGACUCCAACUCCGACUCCGACGGCUCUCAGCUCCUCAUCCUGCUGUCGGUCGUCGUCGUCACCAUUUUAAUGGCGGUUCUGAUGCUGGUGGUGGUGGGAGUCCUUCAUAUGAGGAUACACAGAGUUUCCUCAAAGACGCCAACAGCAGCGUCACUCUCAGACGAGGACAGUCAUAAUGUCUAUGGAGAGGACGCUGCAGAGGAUCUAGACGACGUGACGUAUGCAGUCGUCGUCACAAAACCCAGAAAAAACAAAGAUGAUGACGAUGAUGAAUCCUCACUUCAACCUGUUUACUCUACUUUGACGAUGAGUAAAACUCCACAUGAUCUCCAACAGGAAUCCGGAUUAUUAAACUCUGCAGCGACUCCGAGGUCCACAGCAGCCGAACACUCAGAGCAGGAACCUCUCUACGCUCCGGUCCUGAAGAAGAGAUGAAGGUUUGCAGGACACCGAAGCCUUGAAGACGCCGACCUGGAGUGACGACAUCUCUAGUCAACUGAAUGACUUGAGGCUGAGCUCUACAAUUUCUUUUAUUUGCUAAACUGUUGAAACACACAACUGUGGUUUCACUUACUUCACUCAGUGACCCAGUUAGAGGCCACAUAGAGCAGAGACAUCUGACUGAAGAAGAUUCCGUGUUAAUGUGUGAAAGAGAAGAAGAAACAUUAAUAAUGUUGAAUGUGCAGCUUUGUGUUCAAUGGAUUUGUGUAUUUUUUCAACUCAGCAACAAAAACAUGUUAUCCAAUAAUCAGCCAGCAGCUACAUGAAACCUUUCAUAUGUCAACAUGUUGUAUUUGUGUCUUCUGUUCACUCUGUAACAAAACACAAGUCAUUAACUUAUAAAUAUAGCUACACUUUCCAUUUACACUUGCACUUUGUGAAGCUUUAAACUGAAUUCAAAACAAAAGAUGGCAGAUUUUGUAUAUUAGAAAUAAAGAGAGUAUAGUGUUUGUGCAUUUAUUAGUCCUGUUUUAACUGUUCAUCUGGACGAUGUGAUCAGUCAGUACAGCAGCAACAGUUUACUUUUAUUGCGGUGUAACAGUGAAACCUCGUCG